AUGGCCACCGCCGUCGACGUUCCUGUGGCCACCGCAGGAUUGGCACCACGUGGAAUCCCUACAAAGACGAGGGAAUACCCGCUCAUGUCACGCCGCCAAAUCGAAGGCUUGAUUGCUCAGGGCAAAGUCGUCACAAUUGUUGAUCAAUUCGUCCUCAAGCUGGAUGGGUGGCUGCCGUACCAUCCUGGCGGCGAUAAGGCCAUCCAGCACAUGGUCGGGCGGGAUGCCACCGACGAAGUUACAGUACUUCACUCCCCGGAGGCCAAAGCACAGAUGAUGAGGUAUCGAAUUGGAAGGAUCGAGGGACACUGGAGGAAUUUUAUGCCGCCUAUCCAGGGAGGCAAGUUCAGGAAUCUCGACGAGGGCGGCUCUGACAUGAGCGCCACCAAAGUCAAAAGCAACCUGCGUUUCUUUGGGACCUCCUCCCCCAGCGAUAUCAGUUCUCGCGAAGCUUCCCCCGUCUUCGACACCUCAUAUACCUCUGUCCGCCGUAGACACGGUGCGGCUUCUGUCUCUCCGGCCACCUCAGCAACCGACGAUGACGACGAAGACGACGACGACGAAGACGACGACGACGAAGACGACGACGACGAAGACGACAAGGAAAUGGACGGGACAGCGUUUCUCGACUCUGAGACACGCAAGCGUAUACGCCUUGACCUCGAUAAAUACCCUGCCCUGGACGACGAGACGCAGUCGGAGAUUGUGCGUAAGUACAGGCUCCUUGACGAGCGCAUCAAGGUGAAAGGGCUGUACAAUUGCAAUUACCGUGCCUACGCCAUCGAGGUGAUGCGUUUUGCGCUCCUCUUUGCUGGCAUGCUGACUUUCUUGCGUUGGGGGUGGUAUUUUCCCAGUGCCGCCUGCCUAGGCUGCUUCUGGCACCAGCUUGUCUUCUCUGCUCACGAUGCUGGUCACAUGGGCAUCACCCACAAUUUCCACCUAGAUACAUGCAUCGGGAUUUUCAUCGCUGACUUCAUGGGCGGCCUGUCCAUCGGUUGGUGGAAGCGAAAUCACAACGUGCAUCACAUCGUCACCAACUCCCCAGAGCACGACCCGGAUAUCGAGCAUCUACCCUUCUUUGCUGUGUCUCACCGUUUCCUUGGCAACUUGGCGUCGUCCUAUUACGAGCGCAUAAUGGAGUAUGACCUCGCGGCCAAGCUCUUUCUGUCAGUGCAGUCGUAUCUGUACUACCCUAUCAUGCUAUUCGGCCGCUUCAACCUUUAUAGGCUCUCGUGGGACCACCUCAUUAUGGGUCGCGGCCCCAGGAAGGGCAUCGCCUGGUGGCACCGCUGGCUCGAACUAGCCGGUCAGGCCUUCUUCUGGGCCUGGUUUGGCUAUGGCAUUGUCUACAAGUCUAUCCCCUCCAACUGGGACCGCUUCGUCUUUGUAAUCGUCAGCCACAUGUUUCAAGCGCCGUUACACGUCCAGAUCACGCUAUCUCACUUCGCCAUGAGCACAGCCGACCUGGGCCCCCACGAGUCGUUCCCACAAAAGAUGUUACGCACUACUAUGGACAUUGACUGCCCUUCCUGGCUUGACUUCUUCCACGGAGGAUUGCAGUUCCAGGUUGUGCACCACUUAUACCCGCGUAUCCCACGGCACAACCUGCGUGAGACGCAAAGGCUUGUACAAGAGUUUUGCAAUGACGUAGGUAUCCCCUACGCCCUGUAUGGCUUCAUCGACGGCAACAAGGACGUUAUCGGUCGGCUUGCGGAGGUCUCUCGACAGGCGGCCAUCUUUGCGAAAUGCCAAAAGGUUGCUGCCAAUCAAAUCCACGGCGGCCACACUCACUAA